AUGAUAGCGGCAGGUCUCCUCGCAGCGUGGUGCGUGGACGCUUAUCCUUCGCCGUUAUCGUCAUCGGUGGAAGAUGAAUCUGCCUUGCAGGUCCAUACUAGCUAUGGCGACCUGCUUGGUGCUGUUUCCGAAUACAAUGACGAGGUCAUCGCCUUUAAGGGCAUUCCCUAUGCCGCACCGCCGACAGGUCCUCGACGAUGGCGACCACCAGCUCCCAUGGAGCCAUGGACAGGUGUGCGAAACGCGACAGAGUUUGGGAUUCAGUGUCCUCAGUACAACGAUACCAUGACGCUUUGGACGACGGGCUCGACCCAAAUGAGCGAGGAUUGCUUGUUCAUGAACAUCUGGGUUCCUGCCAACCGCAAGGGCGAUGAGAAGCUGCCAGUAUACUUCUGGAUGCACGGCGGACGGUUCAUUCAAGGCUCAGGGGCUGUGGUGACAUAUGAUGGCUCUGGACUAGCGGCGCACGAUGUUAUUGUCGUGACGGUCAAUUACCGGCUAGGGCCCCUGGGUUUCCUUGCUCACCCUGAGCUGUCUGCAGAAUCGGAGACCAACAGUUCCGGCAACUACGGCGCGUUGGACCUAAUUUACGCGUUGAACUGGGUGAAGGAGGAGAUCGCUGCGUUUGGUGGGGACCCUGACUCCAUCACGGUCGGGGGUCAGUCAUCUGGGUCUUCCUGCUCUCUGGAUAUGAUGUACAGCCCGCUGGCGCACGGUUUGGCCAAGGGCAUCGUGGUCGAGAGCGGCACCCGUGCCCCCCACGAUCCGAUGACCGGCAGUCUUGCAACCAGCUACCGACUCCAAGACCAGGCCGAGGCCGAUGGGGUUCGUUUCAUGGCUGAGAUGAAUGUCACCACGCUGGAGGAACUGCGGAAUGUCCCGUUCGAUACACUGCUGAUCUACGACCAGGAAGACGACACCACCUACUCUGAUACCCGGUUCGAAAACUCGAGCAUCUUCUUUCUCGACCCACCGAUCUGGCGACCAGUACUGGACGGGCACUUUCUGCCCUCCACGUACGGCGAGCUGCUGGAGACCGGCCGCCACGCCAACGUCCCCAUCCUGGCCGGAUACAACCUUGACGAGGCCGGGGCGAAGCUGAGCCCAGGUCUGACGUUGGACACGUUCCGGUCCAACUUUACGGCCAUCAUGGGCAACCUGUCGAGCGAGUUCUUCUCUCUGUACCCGGCCGAGAACGACGCGCAGGCCAACAACGCCAGCAACCGCUUCUGGCAGGCCUUCAGCCGGACCUCGCAGUGGAAGUGGGCGCGGGACUAUGCCCUGGGUGGCGCCUCUGCCGACACCUUUCUGUACUUCUGGACUCACACACCUCCGGACUGGACCCUAGGCGCCUCCCACGGUACGGAGAUGUACUACGUGUUCAACAAUAUUCCUUACACCCAGCCCAGCGCGGCGUGGACGGCGACCGACUAUGCCAUCGAGAAACGGAUGGUCCAGUACUGGUUGAAUUUCAUCAAGGAUAGCGACCCCAACGGCUCUAACCUGCCCUAUUGGCCGGCAACCAGCGAGGAUCCCUUGAACAUGUGGCUGGGGGAUGCCUGGGGCCCUGGGGAGGUCGCAGACCCGGUCGAGAUGAAGCUGAUUUGGGAGUACUUGAAGCAGUUCGAACAGUGGUAG